AUGCAUUUGUCAACAGCUUCUCUGGCUUGUCUCCUGUCCGGCGCAUCGGCUACAAUCUACUAUGCCGGCGUUGCCGAAUCAGGCGGCGAGUUUGGAGUCUGGUCCGCGACUGCUACACCAGGUACUGGUUUGCCAGGACGAUUCGGUGUCGACUAUUCUUUCAUCAGCGAGGCAGCUGUGGAUGUACAUGUUGAUCAGAACAAGAUCAAUCUUUUCCGAAUUGCCUUUCUCCUUGAGCGCAUGAAUCCGCCGGCCACUGGGUUGGGCGCUACAUUCAACGAGACACACUUUGACUACUUCAAGCAAGCUGUUGACUAUGUCACCCUGACCAAGGGAGCAUAUGCUAUUCUGGAUCCGCACAACUACAUGCGUUACAACGAUCCCAGCUCCCAGCCAUAUUCGGGCAGCAUUAUUGGCGACACGUCGGACGCGACCGCCGCCACAACGGAACAAUUUGGCGAGUUCUGGGGCGAGCUGGCUUCUCGAUUUGCCGACAAUGAGCGCGUCAUCUUUGGACUCAUGAACGAACCGCAUGACAUGGCUUCUUCGCUCGUCCUUGCCAAUAACCAGGCUGCCAUUGAUGCUAUCCGUGCGGCGAACGCUUCGAACCUGAUCAUCAUGCCGGGCAACAGCUGGACUGGUGGGCACGCGUGGACCGAGGGUACGGAUCCGAGCUCGGCAGUCAUGAACCAGUUCAAUGACCCUCUGAACAACACGGCAAUCGACAUUCACGAGUAUUUGGAUGUGGACUUUUCCGGCUCCCACUUGGAAUGCGUCUCGGACCCUGCUACCAACUUGGCAGCCUUGACUGCGUGGUUGAAGGAAAAUAACCUCAAGGCAUUCAUCACCGAGUUUGGAGGUUCCAACUCGACCUCGUGCCAGACCAUGGUCCCAGAUAUGGUGAACUACAUGGCCGAGAACCCCGAAUAUAUUGGUUGGACUGCCUGGGCGGCUGGUCCAUUCUGGGGAUCUAACAGCCCGUGCUGCACCAACUCCACGCUUCUCGGCAGUCUCGAACCCGGCAGCACCGCGGUUGAUGGCAGUCCUGGCUUGUACACCACGGUCUGGCUUGAUCUGAUCCAGCCUCUUGUGCCGAGUGAGCUGCAGUGGAGUGGACCAGCAAGUGUGAACGGUGGAGACUUGACCGCCAAGGCUUGA